AUGCAUCAGCAACCAGAACUCAAACGGGAAUCCACACUGGAACCCAAACAGGAACCCAAACAGGAACCCAAACAGGCACCCAAACAGGAUUCCAAACAGGAACCCAAACAGGAACCCAACCAGGAAUUCAAAUUGGAACCCAAACAGGAUUCCAAACAGGAACGAAACCAGGAAUUCACAUUGGAAUCCAAACAGGAACUCAACCAGGAUUUCAAAUUGGAGCCCAAACAGGAUUCCAAACAGGAACUCAACCAGGAAUUCACAUUGGAACCCAAACAGGAACUCAACCAGGAAUUCACAUUGGAACCCAAACAGGAACUCAACCAGGAUUUCAAAUUGGAGCCCAAACAGGAACUCAACCAGGAAUUCACAUUGGAACCCAAACAGGAACUCAACCAGGAUUUCAAAUUGGAGGCCAAACAGGAUUCCAAACAGGAACUCAACCAGGAUUUCAAAUUGGAGGCCAAACAGGAUUCCAAACAGGAACUCAACCAGGAUUUCACAUUGGAACCCAAACAGGAACUCAACCAGGAUUUCAAAUUGGAGGCCAAACAGGAUUCCAAACAGGAACUCAACCAGGAUUUCAAAUUGGAGGCCAAACAGGAUUCCAAACAGGAACUCAACCAGGAUUUCAAAUUGGAACUCAACCAGGAUUUCAAAUUGGAACUCAGCCGGGAUUUCAAAUUGGAGCCCAAACAGGAUUCCAAACGGGAACUCAACCAGGAUUCCACAUUGGAACCCAAGCAGGAACUCAUGCUGGAAUUCGCCCCGCCGCCCCGCCGAAUCCCUUCAGCUUGUUCGGCAACUUCGGUUUAG